GUCGGUCCCUGCUCGCGUCCUGGUCCCCUCUGGUCGCCCCAGCUCGGUCCCCGCUCGCCCCACUCGUCCCGCCAUGGCCGCCGCCGUCGCGGGGCUCCGCGCCUCCUACCACCGCUUGCUCGACCGCAUCGAGCUCAUGCUGCCGCCGCGGUUCCGGCCCUUCUACAACCACCCGGCGGGUCCCAAGACAGUGUUUUUCUGGGCACCUGUUAUGAAAUGGGGCUUGGUAUGUGCUGGACUGGCUGACAUGGCCAGACCAGCAGAAAAGCUCAGCACAGCACAGUCUGCAGUACUAAUGGCCACAGGCCUUAUUUGGUCACGAUACUCUCUAGUUAUUAUUCCUAAAAACUGGAGUCUGUUUGCUGUGAACUUCUUUGUUGGCUGCGCUGGAGGCUCUCAGCUCUUCCGGAUAUGGAGGUAUAAUCAGGAGCUAAAAGAAAAACAGCAAGAGCAGCUGCAGUGAAGAGAUGCUUAACCCAACAGGUCAAAUCUAACAACGCACAAACCCAUCCCUAUGGGACCCAGCUUCACUAAUUUUAAUGUGCUUUUCCUCAGAGAAAAUCAGAAGAGGAAAUUUAAAUGCCUAGAGAACAGACGUUUUCUACGUGCAAAUAACAAAAGUAUCACCAUACAUUUAAAUAAAGGGUGACGUUUUAGAUCGAAGCAAAA